AUGAGCGGGGAUUAUCCCUAUUUGACAUACCUGACCCUUUAUCUUGUUACUGCUUGCCUAUGGAAGUCAGACACCUUGGGAGCGACGCAUUGGAUUUUAAACGAAAGAGAAGGAGUCGUACGGGUUAGCAGUAACUCCGAUAUACUGAAGUCUGAUCCAGUUCUAUCCAUUCUGACGAAGACGUACCCUCCUAAGACGGGAAACAGUAGAAAAACAAACUGUGACCAGUGUAGCAAGGGCAGAUCCCAUGGACUGAGGUAAGAAUGUUAUUGAAAGCUUCGAAGAUAGCAGGCUUUUAAUUAAGGAUUGUCAAUUUCGUUUGUUUUGACGGUAAGUCUGUGUAGUAGUUGUGUUGUAGCGUGCGUUGGAAAACAACUCGUGCCUGUUUGUCGUGCUGAGUCUUCCUUUCCAAACAACGUUUAGAGAAACAAUUUAGGGUGCAUGUGAAAAGGGUUUUUUUUAUACAGUCUUACAACAGUAACUCACGGCGAGCACAUGACAUUUGCAUCUAAAGUACUGUGAAAAGGACCAAUAAGAAAACAAAGUUGAUAGUUGCUCAAGUUCCAAGGGAAGGAUUAACUUUUUCGUUAACUUAACGUUCAGGAACGGCGUUUAAUUUUAUAUUUAUGUGUUCAUUUGUUUUUCGAUGACACGGAGGUGUUUGAGAGGAUUCGAUCCUACCCGAAAAUCAGUCGAUUUAAGAACUUGUAUUCGUACAUGCACCGAUGAAAAUGCAAUGUUCACGUGUUAACUUGAACAUGGUAUUCUUUUUCGAAGUUUUGUUUUCAAAGUAGCAUAAGAUGAACGUUUUAAACUGAUCAAGUUUUGUUUUGUGCUUAAGUGUUUAUCUAAUACCAAAUUCCAAAUUCUGCUAUCUGAUCGACAAUAAUACAGGUGUAGAAGCGUGGCUGUGGUCUGUUAGUAAUUUGGAGUUGUGAUCAGAGGUUUAUUGCUUCAUAACACUUCUGCUUUGGGAAAUAAAAUCUUAUAGCUGAGGUCACCGGAGCCUUUACGUCUUCGGCGAGAGUUGGAGUUUAUGCGCCUGCAAACUGCCAAUUUUGUGCAAGUUCCUGCUGCACUUCUUUUCUAACCGUUAACAAUCCCAACAAAACCGCUACAGAUGAUAAUGAUUUUUCAACAAGAACGGUUGACAAAAGAAGCCAAUAUAAGUUAUUUUUUAAAACUACACGCUUACUUAUAACAAGUAAGUGUGUAGUAUAUUUUUACCUCUUUUUAAAAAAUUGUAAUGUGGAGUUUACUUUUUCAAUCGUCAUUUCUUUAGUCAAACCAAUUUGUCCUGAAUCAAUCUGAAAGGUGCCAAAAUAUACAUUACAGUGGUAACCAACAAAUGGUUAACCUAGUUUGUUUUCUUUUGUUUUAAAGGGAAGGUAUUGUUAUUUAUUUGGGUAGUGGGAAGUUUUAUCUUCUUGCCAAAAGAACAAUGCUAAUGGCUUAGUCAAUUCCAGGCAUGCCCAUAUCUCCGCCGCUAACUUCCGUCAAGUGCUGUGUGUUCCCACGGUGGGGCAUUUACCAUCCAAUACUGCAAUAAUAAUGUGUGCAGGUGGUUCAGGACAAGGACAGGAGGGUUCCCAAUUAAAGUCGAGGCCCAACCAAAAAAGAAGUAAAUUGGUACAAAUCACAUACAACAAUAUAAAAUUGUAUAAAAAUAAAGCUUUUUGGAGCAUAGUAAAAGUAUAAGACCAGAUAGGUCUAGAAGAACUGUAUGGAUAAAAGAUGGUGUUUCUUGGUGUUGCGGAAACCAUUGUUGGUUUACUUUUGUGUUUUGCUGUGGCUAUUGUUUAGUGACUUUUCAAUCUUUUGUAUGACAUCAUUUUGGGGAUUGCAUUUGUCUGCAACACCAACAAACUACGAUAAAGGCACAUUAUGUGGAUUUUUAUAAAGUAACUAAGUUAUUAGGUGUGCUUUGAUUGGCCGAGAGGCAUGUUUGCAUGAGAGUACAGUGGAACCUGGAUUUAAUGAACCUCUAUAUAAACAAAGUCCUUGGUAUAACGAAGGAUUUUCUUCAGCCUGGCCAAAAUUACAGUAAAGUGUAUGGAACAGAACCUCUAUUUAACAAACUUCGAUUUAACGAAAUCCUUGUUAUAACAAACACAAUGCACAAGCCCAAAUGUAAAAUAUACCUCAAUAUAACGAGUAAAUGUCAGCAUGUGAUAAAAGAUGGAAGCCAAACAGACCAGCAAGGAUAAAAUUUAUGUGUACAGUAGUUUUAAGCAGUUCUGUUUGCCUGUUCUUGAGCUUCCGGUGCUGUAGCUAUGUAUAGCUUGGUACUGAAAUGUUAUUACAGUAAUAUUUCAGAUCCGGAAAUGCUGGGUUUUGUAAAUUAAUUGCUAACUAUACCUUGAUAUAACGAACAUUUGGUAGUUUUCUCGAAAAUUUGUAAAAUGGAGGUGUGCGGUAUAACGAACCCUCGAUAUAACAAAUAAAUUUCCCCAGUCCCUUGGCACUUUGUUAAAUCGAGGUUUCACUGUAUGUAAACCAACAUUUCCAAAUUCCAAUUUGACCAGGAAUCAGGUAGACAAAGAACCACUUGUGGAUGUGCUACCUCCAAAUCAUUAUUUAUUUAUUUUAUUUAUUUAUUUAUUUACAUGGUUGUGACGUCAAGAUGUUGUGCUUUUCGCAUGCUGAUCAUGCAAGCACAAAUUUGAAAAAGGUUUUGAGGUGAAAACUCGACAAGAUCUUUAAGAUUCUGCAUGAGUUUUUACUCAUGAAUUCACCUGAAUUCACCCAUCAAAACCUUGACCAAUCUGAGACUAGAUUGGUCCUGGAGCAUAACCAAAAACGUGACCAAAAUCUUGACCAAGCUAAAAGCACAUCAUUAAAACUUUAUAAGGUUUUUGUCAUAAGUCAAACAAACAAAUGAGUUUCAAGAUCUUUACAUUGCCUCCAUUGGUCACCUGCAGGUGAACUGGUUAAUGUUUAGCCAAGAAAAACAGCUUGGUCAACUUAGUACCUCCCUGCCAGUCCAUACGGACGGGUGUACGCUGAUGUCAUAACCAAAUUUUCUUGCAUCAAUAGGUUUCCGUUUUCUAUAGCAAUGGAGGCUCCACCGCGCACGCAAAGCAUGCGGGAAGGCUCCGCUACAAAAUGUGAAAUCAGAUCAUUUUAUAGCCUAAAAUACAUGUAUAAGCAUGGUUGAUCAAGUGUUUGGUCAAGAUGGCUGUGUAUUGGCCAAGUUGUUUUUUGCAUUUUUGAAAAAGAAGAUGUAUGGACUGAGACAAAGUGGAGGGCAAUAAAAAUGCAAAAAAGAAGGAGGUCAAUAUUUAGCCAUCUUGACUGAAUAAGGUUUGUGAAAGUUUAACCAAGGGGUAAAACAAUGCUUCAGUCAAAUCGCAAAUGUAGUGUUUCAGUAAUUGCUGGAAAACUGAUUGAUAGUCAUUAAUGAUAAGACUGAGAAAACGGCCAGCAUUUCGUGACACCAUUACUGGUUUCCUUGCAAAAUGAUGUCUAAGAAACAAGAGCAGAAAUUCCCUACCAAUGAUGCAUCACUGCCCAGAUCUGGGUAGUGUUUCUGAUUGGUUUAAUCAAAUUUUACACAUGGCACAACCAAUCAGAAGCACUACUCAGAUCUUGGUAGUGAGGGGUCGUCAGUAUGGAAUUUCUGCACUCAUUUCUCAGACAUCAUUUCUCAGGGAAACCAGUGGUGGUGUUGGAGAAUUUCAGCUGUUUUCUCAGGCUAGUUAAUGAUGUCAGUUUUUUUAAGAGAUAUUAUGCACAGUUCUAUUUUUGCAUUUCAUUGCUUUUCCUCAAACAGCCCUGUAGUGGGUGCAGUUGGUCCAACAUCAUUAGAACUAUUUCCAGCACCACAGUUAACUUGUGGUACCCCAGUGAAUGAGACAUUCUAUGAUCACUUGGAAGGUAUAGCAAACCGUGAGUACCAUCCAACUUUUGUCGAGCCAGAUGUAGCUUUGAUUUUUAAGAAGAAUGAUGUUGAAGAUAUUGAUCUGGGACUUAUUGAGUCAAACUUAAAAGGAGCUAUUGAAGAGGUAGGUUGAGUAAAUUCUACAGCGUUAGUCUAUUUUUCAGCGUAAGCGGAAGUCCAUGAGAUGAAGUAGUAGCAAUAUUAUCUUUACAUGAGUAGUAAAACCAUCACUAAACCCAUUAACCUCCGAACUGCAGAUCCACAUCCCUUGCAAUGCCUGUGAUUUCAUUAGUUUGAAUACAGUGUAGGCCAGGGAACAGGGAAAAGAAACAACAACCAUGUAAACUUUUCAGAAAAAUUCGAAUGAGAAUCUUACUCCACUAGCCACUUGCACUUCCUUGCAUCUAAUCCUGCAGUUCUAUAGGCUGCUUUCUGUAUAUGCCCCAAUUUCAGAGGCUGAUAGUUACUUAGCAUCAGGAACAGAAGGCAGUGAAAUGGUCAAUUUAUAAAAGAGCACUUUAGGCUUUUUUUAAUGGCCGGACAGUGACCAAAAAAUGGCUCAAAAAGUGUUUUUCAGCAAAAUUUUAUUGAGCAAAGGGUUGGUUAAAAAAUUGAUUCAUGGUUUGGGCAAUCUGCAAUGAGUUGACAUGAAAUGCUUAUGUGACCAAACUUUUGCUUAUAAUCAAAAUUCAGUCUUUUGCAAUACCCACGUGUUUGUCAUAAAAUGGUAAGAAAAGAAACAAAGUGAGAGCAUUGCCCUCACAGGGAUUUUGACAGCUAUAUGAUGUGUUCUCUUUAAGAAAAUACAGUAAAAGCCCACAACUGAGAACCUAAAAAAUAAGAACCUGUUAGCCUAAAAUUGGUCAUUUACACCCCCUAUAAACAAGAACCUAUUUAGCCUAAGAAAUUUAAAACAGGUUCUCAUUUUCUAAAAUCAUACUAGUACAUUGCAGCUGCAUUGCAAGAAUCAUAUUUGAAGCAAAAAAAGCAGAUUGCCAAAGCUCGGCAAAGCAUAUAAAUACAUGUAAAUGUAUAAAUUGAUAUAUUCUGAAAUGUUUUUUUGGGGGGGGGGUGGGGGGUGGGGUGAGGCUGAAGAAAAUAAAAGUAUAGGCUAAUGACCAACUUGGUUGCAGCUGUGUUUUAAAAGCCCAUGUCUGUAAAUAUCGAGAAUCGCUAGCCAGGCUAAAAAAAUCGAAAAUUCUGAUAAUUUGUCAGAAAAACCCCUUUGGGGAACUAUCUUCGAAAAAAAUAUUUUCAACUUUCAAGAAUCUUUAGUUUUCAAGAAAAUGAGGAAAAACGAAAAUAGCGGUUUUUACCUAAUUAAUUAUGCAAAAAUUAGAGUAAAAAUGACCUACUUUAUCGUGUCUGUACCGAGGCAAGAUUCAAAGCUAUAAAACAAAAAUAUUUUUGUUUAAGAAUUCUAUCUUUUCUUUCUAUCCAUGGUAUGUUUUAAACCUUAAACUUGAUUUUGAAUUUUUUAUGGUUUUUUAAAAAAUGAGCAAAUUCAGGGGCAAAAAAGUCACCUUGGUAUGUGUGAUACCUAGCCAAAAUGUAUACUAGGACAAAGUUCCGCUCUUAUAGCGGUGCUCCGGCGCGCGAAGCGCGCCAGCGGAGCACCAUGGGUAAUAAAAUUUGGUAAACCAUCCAUCCGAGAAAAUUUGGUUAUGACGUAGCGUACGCCCGUACACUCUUUGCGGGGGAGGGAAGGGUGGGGGGGUGGGGGGUGGGGUGGGGCUGAAGAAAAUAAAAGUAUAGGCUAAUGACCAACUUGUUUGCAGCUGUGUUUUAAUUGUUUUUUCUCCAGGAUUAAGAACCCAUUUUAAGAACCUAAAUGGCCUAAAAUUCUGUUAACUACCAUAACUACUAUAAGAACCUGUUUAGGCUAACUCCUAAAAAGGAAGGUUCUUAGUUGCGGGUUUUUACUGUACAACAAUCAAAGAUUUUCUGACCAUUUUACUCACUUCAAAAUUUUGGUCUUAGUAAAAGAAUAAAGAUGUUCGUAAAACUCUUCAUGCAUGUACGUCUUAGAUGCCUUGAUUAAUUUUUGGUUUGUGCUCGUUUUCAUUUCUCACGUAUUACUUUUGAUUUGUACAAUUAAAAUUCAUCACCCAUUUUACACACAACAGAACCUUUCACUGUACUGAAUUGAGUAAGCCGGUCUUUGUUGCGUGUGUGCUGCACGUUGUUAGGGUACAGUUUGGAACCCAGGCCUAAUAGCAAUGUGCUUGGUAUGGUGGGUUUAUGAACUUUUUGAAGCAAACUUAAGGUGGAUGUUGGCAAUGUGUACAACUGAACAUAAAUGUUUAGAACUACCUGUAUGCCUGAAAGAAGCCUCUGCCAGGAGGGUACAUAAAGAAAAGAGAUGGAAAUUUAAAUUAGAAACAUCCAUUUGUAAAUUUAGCUUUUGCAGAGAAAAGUCCCACAGUGUUGUGCCUUAUCAUUAUGGCAACUACAGUGUAGAUCUCAGGUUGAUACAUCUGUUUUUUGUAUGUUAUUAUAAAAUGAUGAUACUGUCUUUGGUGUAAUGAUAAAACCAAACUACCUAGCUAUUAUGCUUGGACUUUUCAUAUAACCACCCAUUAAUCCAUCAACAUCACUUGUUUAAACCCAAAUGAAAGGCAAACCAUUUUGUUAUUUUGACAAACUAACCUCUGUCCAGGACAUUUGAGCUUAAACUGUGUGUUUUGAUUUCAUUUAUAGAGUCCAAACUCAGUGGUGGUAUGUAAUCACAUUGGAAAUUUCUGGAGAAUAAGAGGAAGUACUUAUCACUCCAUAGAGUGUUUCAGAAGAGCUUUGUACUUCUCCCCGAAUGAUGCAGAUGCCCUUCUUAAUCUUGCAAAGGUUUUAUUUAAUUUAAACUAUGUACAGGAUGCUGCCUACUUAGCACGAAGAUCUUUAGAAAUGCAGCCAUCUGAACACAACUGUUGGUUGCAGCAUUUCACACUUGGUGAAAUAUUGAGAGCUGCUGGAGAUCUAGAAGAAGCUGGCAUCCAUUUUAGACAUGCUCUUGACCUGAAUCCAGCAUUUGAACUGGCAGAGGUGCAUCUUCGUGAGAUUGGAUCACCAUCAACUUCACCCACAAAUACAUAUACUUUCUUAAUCAUUGGUUUACUGGUUGUCGUUGUCUUGGCCACUGUCUACUUUAUGACAUUGACAAGCGAAAGUCGUGGAAUGAAAAGUAGUCGAAUGUCACUUUGGGUUGAAGGAAAAAGGCCAAAAAAGAGACCAGUAUCAUGAAGUGUGUUGUAUUUAAUGUUAAAUUAAGAAAGCUAGAUACUUGAUGGGAAUCGACAUUGAUGUGCAGCAAUUUUCAACUGAAGUCUUUUUUAAGAGAAACAUAUGUUUGUCAAUGCAUUUCAUGAAAAUGUUUUACAUUUUUUUUUGGUCAGAGGCUGCACUCUUUUAUAGAAAUUUGAUAUUCAGAUAUUUGCUUGCAAAUUAGCUGUUUUUAAUUAAACAAUUUCCUCAACAGACUUUGUUGUUAAAUAUUUAUUGUCUUGUUGUGGAUCCUGAUCACCACGACUGACCCAGCACUGGCCUUUGACCAUUUUCAUCACCAUGGGAAAGAAGAAAAAAUUGGUGACUACAGUGGAAAUUAUCAAUUUGGCGACUUGUGUUUCAUGGUAAUGCAGCAAAGAUGUGGUGACUUCAAUAGUUUAAGUGUUUAUGGUCUUUCCUAAGGUGGCUGAAUUGGAUUUUUCAGGGCCAAUAUCUCCUAAGUUUGAGC